CGUAUUUAGACUGACAUUAUACAGUGACACAUGUUUCCUUUCCGUGGUCAAAAUUCUCUAUUUUAAUUGUGUAUUUAAUCAGUGUUUCCGUGUUUUGCACGCUCCUAAAGACAGUCUCUAAGGAGACUGAUUUGAGCUGGGUGGAUCAGAAGACGAUAGGCAGUCACCGGUCCGUUUAGGCGUUGCUAGUUUAUUGCAAAGGGGUGGAUGUAAUGAUUUGUACAACAUAAACUACAAGAUGAAUAAUACUGCUGAUAUGAUACACUUGUAUGUACACGCUUGAUAUUCCCCGUGUCGGGAGUCCUUCUGCUUCCGAUGUCUCCCUGUAAGCUUGUUGUCUCGUGAGUUCCAGAUUAAGGGUCCAUCCUCACUGGAUUUACAGUUCCCUAGCCGCUAGCUGCAGUGCUAUCCGGCUAGCCUCCAAGGUGCUAGCCCCUAUUGGACUUGCAUCUAUGGGUCUCGGUCCCAUGGUGCUAACCUCCAUAGCACCGACCCACCCAGGCAGCCGCGUGGUUCUACCUGUUUCUGUGGAAGAGUACCAAGUGGGGCAGCUGUACUCUGUGGCUGAGGCCAGCAAGAACGAGACGGGGGGCGGGGAGGGCAUCGAGGUGCUGAAGAAUGAACCGUAUGAGGCGGAGGGGGGAGAGAAGGGACAGUUCACACACAAGAUCUACCAUCUGAAGAGUAAAGUCCCGGGGUUUGUGAAAUACAUCGCCCCAGAGGGAGCGCUGACUUUUCACGAAAAAGCCUGGAAUUCUUAUCCGUACUGCCGCACCAUUGUGACGAAUGAGUACAUGAAGGAUGACUUCAUGAUAAAGAUUGAGACUUGGCAUAAACCUGACAUGGGCACAGUAGAAAAUGUCCAUGACUUGAAUGACAUUGAUUGGAAGGAUGUGGAGGUCGUCCCUAUAGAUAUUGCUGAUGGAGAGGACGUGGCCGCCGCGGACUACAAGCCGGAUGAGGAUCCGUCGCUGUUUCAUUCAGAGAAGACGGGCAGAGGUCCUCUGAGUCCGGACUGGAAGAAUGAGCUGAAAGCUGACUGUCCUAACAUGUGUGCAUACAAACUGGUCACGGUCAAGUUCAAGUGGUGGGGUCUGUCAACCAAAGUGGAGCACUUCAUCCAUAAGCAAGAGAAGCGCAUCUUUACCAACUUCCAUCGCCAGCUGUUCUGCUGGAUCGACAAGUGGAUAGGGCUGAACAUGGAGGACAUCCGGCGGAUGGAAGAGGAGACCCAGAGAGAGCUGGACGAGAUGCGUCCCAAGGGAGAUGUGCGGGGCACCACGGCAACAGAAGAGUAGGUUACUCUAGAGAGACUGGAGACGGGCUGACUUCGCAAGGUGGGUCCGAUCCGAGGCAUGAGUGCUGCUCACGAGCAAUGAGGCCAAACAACCCUCCAACCCCACCAUGACGACGUCGUCGAAGACGCGCCCCGUCGGAGCGGGCCACGGGCCCGGGCUUCGCUCUGCCGCCUGUCACCCUUCUCACAUGAUUCAUUCUGGGGUUUGACCACAUUGGUAAAACAGUACUGUACAGAUUCUACUCAAAUCAUUAGCCUCCCCAUAACUCUUGAAAAAUAAUACAGUUUUGCAGAAUUAUUUAAACGAAAAAAGGACGAGAAAAAGGAAACUUUUUGCACAGAAUGCAAAUUGCCUGAUAUUGAAUUAUCGACUGGUUUAUGGAAAUGGUUUUAUUGUUUUUAUUCAAGUGUCUCACUCCUGGGCAUGAAUUAUGAGAUUCCCUGAUAUUUUCCCUUGUAGUAGGGAUAUUUCCUUUUACCUCUGUAAAUCUCCACUAAAGUCACCAUACCUUUCCUCCUCCUUUUAGCAAAAAGAAAUUCCCCUUAUCUCACCGUCCACUCUAUCUGGCUGUGGAGUGGAUCCUUUUUCUUUUUUUAAAGAAACAUUGUAAGAAACUGCAAAGACUAAUAGUGUAUAUAAUGGUGUAUGUAUUUUAGUCUCUACAAGAAAAAUUUGUGCUAAAGCCUGAAUUAAUAAGUUAAUCACUAUUGGUUUUUAACCAUGCCUCCACACACACACACACACACACACACACACACACACACACACACACACACACACACACACACACACACACACA